UCUUUCAGCUGCUAAUUCGGUUCUGCUUUUUUUGAACAUAUGUCGAAGCUCGCCUCUUUUUCUCUUACAAUCUUUAUACAGAAUCUUUAAAUGGGGAGUUGGCAUAAGCAUUAAAAAAUUAAAAUGAUGUGAAUGAAUGAAGAAAAAUCUCAGAAAUGGACAAAUCGAUAAACGAAAAUAAAACAAAAUGCCAAAAAAAGCUGGUUGAGGCGUAAAUUUAAAUUAGGUAUUUGUUUUUUGUGACAGCCCGUUCGUAGCGGAAUGGGCUCCCUCUUUUUCUCUUUAAUUUUUUAGAAAAUGUUUUGUAUUUUAAUAUUUUUUUGAAUAAAACAAUGGGUAGAAUAUCAAGUUAUUUUUGUAUUCCUUUACUGUCAAUUUUUUUGUAUAUUCUCGUUCAAUUUUUCAAAUCUGAUGAUCUUAAUUUGUGUGAUAUGACAUUUAUGUGGCGAAGAAUGCAUUACAUGAAAAUUAAUGUAGAACAUGAGAGGUAUUCUUUAUUUCUUUAUGGCGAAGGGAUUUAUGCUGAGAAUUUUAGACAUACUAAUUUUCUAAGCGGUUUUCCUAUUUUAUUUGUCCCCGGAAAUGCUGGUUCUGGCCGUCAAGUUCGAUCACUUGGUUCACUUUUGCAAAACAAAACUGAGGAUAGAAUGUCUAACUUUCAUUUUGAUGUUUUUGCUGUUGAUUUUAAUGAAGAAUUAACUGCUUAUAAUUUUGAUUGUAUUAUUUCUCAAGCAAAUUUUUUGGUCAAAGCCGUCAAUUCAAUCCAUCUUUUGUAUAAACAAAAGCCGGUCCAAAAAAUUGUAAUUAUUGGCCAUUCUAUGGGAGGUAUUGUUAUUCAAUAUGCAAUGAUGCUUGAAGAUUUUGUUGCGGAAAGGGUUGCAUUUAUUAUUGGGUUUGCUGUUCCGUAUUCUGAACCACCUUUUUAUUUUGACAAGCGUUUUUUCUCUUUUUACCAUCAAUUAAAUAACAACAAAUCUCUCAAUUUACCAAAAAUUAUAUCAAUUAAUGGAGGUAUUAAAGAUGAAUUUAUUGACGAAGAUUGGACAAAUGCUCCUUUUUUGGCUUUACAUUCAUCUACAAAUUCUUUGGAUCGUGUAGGGCUUGAUAUGGACCAUAAAUGUAUUUUGUGGUGUAAUCAACUUGUUCGACAUACUUCACGUAUUUUAUUUGAUUAUGCUUCAAAUCCUAAGCUUUUUAUUGAGAACUUUAAUGAAUAUUUAUAUAAACAUUAUCAUUUUUCAAAAAAUGAUUUUGAUUCUAAACUAAUUAAUGAGGUAUGUUUUUUAUUAAAUUUUUGA